AUGCGCCGCGCGGCAUGCGGGCCGACUCGUAAGAGCCGCCAGCAACAAGCCGCCGCGCGGCUGAGCGCGUACGUGACGCAUGGCGUCUUCCCGCGGGAAAGCUGGAACAAAUUCAAGGCGGACGACGGCAACGGCGCCGCCGCCAACGGCGGCUUCCGGUUCUUCUGGCUGUCCGACUCGUGCCCCCAGACCACCGCCGCGGUCAAGGGGCGGCAGCCGUUCGAGGUCCUCACGCUGGCGGGGCCGAUCGCUGCGGCUCUGCAGAUCUGA